AUGGCGGAAAUUCUGGACCGAAGCUUCGCCACUCAGUUUCCCGAAGAACAUGAAGGUAUACUCGACAUACAGAAUGCCUCUGCGAAUUGCUGCAAAUUUAAUCGAUGGGGAAGCAUUGUUGCGGUUGGAUGUACCGAUGGAAGAGUUUUCGUUGUCGACUUCAUCACGAAAAAUUUGUCAAGGACAUUUCCUGCACACGCUUUACCAGUCACUUGCUUGUCAUGGUCUCGAAACGGCCGGAAGUUGUUAACCAGUUCCUCCGAUAACACGAUAGCUGUUUUCGACGUUCUUACUGGAACCCUGCUCCAUAGAAUUCGUUUCACAAGUGCCGUUACAUAUGCCCAAUUUCAUCCCCGGGAUGACAACAAAGCCAUAAUUCUUCAGUUAAACUACCUACCAACAGUUGAGCAGUUUUCGCCGAGAAUGCAGAAAGUUUUGGUCAACGAGACACCUGGCAGUACAGAUGAGACAGUCAGCGCAGUAGCUUACGACAGAAAAGGAAAAUACAUUAUCGCGGGAACCGGAAAAGGAAGGCUCAUCAUUUACGACUCCGAAACACUUCGACACGUGGCUUGGUGCAAGCAAAAUACCGUUCAACAGAUCAGACAAAUUAUCGUCCCAAUGAAGAGUCGUUUCAUUAUAACCAAUACUCAAGAUAGAGUGAUUCGCACAUAUGAACUGGAAGAUCUUAUUCAUCAAAAAGGUCAAGUUGUUGAAGCGAAAUACAAAGUGUUAGAUAUGGUUAAUAAAGCGGCCUGGAAGAACGUAUGUACUGAUAGCGAUGGAUUGUACGUUUGUGGAGCAUCAACAAAAGCACACUCCCUUUACAUAUGGGAGAGUAACACCGGAUCACUGAUUAAGAUUCUUCACGGGAACAAAGGCGAGGCUCUUAUGGAUGUUCAGUGGCACCCAACUCGACCGAUAAUAUUGUCAGUUGCUCAAGGAGGCGUUUCAUUGUGGACGCAAGCACGUGUUGAAAAUUGGUCGGCGUUCGCACCAGAAUUCCAAGAAUUGGAGGAAAACGAAAAAUACGUCGAGAAGGAAAGCGAAUUCGAUAUGGAAGACGAAGAUGCCGACGAAGAUAUGACAAACAAGAAUCAAAAUGAUGAGGACGAUUUUAUUGAUGUGAUGAACGUGAGCCCUUCAGAAUAUUUGGCUAGCUCAGAUGAAGAAGAUUGUGACGUCAUGAAGCCGGCUAGAAAUUUGGAAUCCGGUCCACUGUGGUAUAUUCCUGUUCCUCCAGAAAUCGACAAUCCUGAGACAGAAAAGAAGUUACCAGAUGAUAUAACUCAACUAGAUGAUAUUCUGGAUCCCAAGUGGGUGGCGGCUUCAAAAGGACUGGAUUUUCCUCAAUAA